AUGCCCACCGCUACACCAGCGUUCAAUCGAAUAUUGGACGAUCUUGCGAAACGUCAACUUUUGCUUGAUUUUCAAUUUGGUGGUGCGGGUAAUAGCUACGAAGCGAUUCGAAAUAUUGGUGCUGGAGCCUUUGGUAUUGUAUGUGAAGCUGUCGAAACUGGCUCCGAUACUAAGGUAGCAAUCAAAAAAAUAGGUCAUGCGUCAGCAACACCAACAUUGGCUAGACGGACUCUUCGUGAAAUCCGUGUGCUGAGGUAUAUAUCGCAUGAUAAUAUCAUCAACCUCAGAGAUAUCUUUCGUACGCCGGGCAACUUGGGUAUCAAUGUAUAUUUAGUGAUGGAUUUAAUGGAAGGCAGUUUGCAUCAUGUAAUUCAUGGUGGCGGUCCGAUGGAGGAUGAUCUUAUUGCUCAUUUCCUUUAUCAGAUUCUUAGGGGUCUUAGGUACCUUCAUACAGCCGGAAUCGCCCAUCGAGAUUUGAAACCAUCCAAUUUGCUUGUUAAUAGUGAUUGCCAUCUCCGUAUUGCUGAUUUUGGAAUGGCUAAACUCUCAAUGCGAGAUCAUAUCGAAGAAGCCGAGGAGCAUUGCUUUUAUAUGACUCAACACAUUGCAACCUUGCCCUAUAGGGCUCCGGAGCUUCUUUUCGUGAUGCCAGAGCACUCUACAGCAGUUGAUAUCUGGGCGGUUGCGUGCAUUUUUGCUGAAAUGAUUAUUCGCCGUGAAUUGUUCCCAGGCCGGAGCGUUAGCGGUCAAAUCAAAAUAAUUGUCACUAUGUUAGGCGCACCAUCUGAAAAGAUUUUACGCCAAAUCGGGUGCGAAAGGACACGUCGACUGAUUGAAAAUUUCGGUGAUCAUCCGAUAAGGCCAUGGGAGGAGAUCAUCCGUGAUCGUGCUGACCAGCCAGUAACAUUGGAUCUGAUCGCAAAGAUGGCUGCAAUGGAUCCUGAAGAGCGAAUCACUGUCGAUGAAGCUAUUCACCACCCGUAUUUUCGUGAAUACUAUCCCAAUAUAGUCACCGAACGAGCAUGUCCAUUCAAAGUGAAGAUGGAUAUGGCCGCAAUAGAGUCACUCUCACAUGAAGGUCUUGUUGAAGCACUCAUUAAUGACGUGCGUUCUGCUGAUGAACAAUCGUUUGCGACAUCCUCCUCUGAAGCAUCUCUAUCUUCUGGUGUUUCAUCUUCGAAAUGUUCAGAGUUAUCAGUUGACAGUAUUGCCACAACAAGCGAUGAUCUACAGCAGUUGACUUCAAGCAUCGAAGGAACGUUGCUCGACGAAGUUCCCGAAGUUGAAAUCACAGCACUCUGA